AUGCGUCACCCGUCCAGAUCCUGUUGCGACCCUCACACCCUUUCUAUUCGUGCUGCUCAUUACCACCCUUUGUCUCUGCAUCAUCUUUCCUUUCUUUUCCCUCUGAUGGAGGCACAUGAGAGGCAGCUGAGGGCAGUGGGGGAGGACAGCAAGCAGCUCAUGGCAGUCAUUCGCUCCAUGCAGUCGGAUCUCCAAUCACUCAUUAGCGAGUACAGCAAGGGCCUACCCUCAUCAGUUGUAGAGGGGCAGCAACGGGGAGAAGGGCAACAGAAGGAAGGGGAUUCUGAGAAUGUUGCUGAGGAGGAGGAUAGAGGGAGUGAGAAUGGUUCGGAGAGGGAGGAGGAGGUGGAAGAAGAGGAAGAGGAGAACAUGGACGUGUACGCCCUCCCGCCCAACAUGGCCUGUCCGCACAUCAUGGACCUACACCAACGCAUUGUGACCACCAUGCGAGGUCUUGUCGAGAGAGCAGAGCAGCAGCAAGCAGCCUCUGCUGCAGUGGGUGGUGACUGUACCGGAGGGGACAGUAGCGAGAUGGCUGCUCUGAGGGAAGAGCUGGAGGCGUGCAGAGAGCGUUUGGCCGAGCAGGAGCGCUACGAAGACACCCCUCAAUAA